GAGCUGCCGAUGAUGGGCGAGAACGUGAAGGUGGUAGUGCGGUGCCGGCCGAUGAACAAGCGGGAACAGCAAUCAAACUGCAAGAGCGUUAUACAAAUCGACAACACAUUGGUAAAUCUAGACAAUCCGAACGAUCCGAACGCGUCGCAGAAAUCGUUCCAGUUCGACAAUGCGUACGGUUAUGCGGCAACGACGGAGAACAUUUACAGCGACAUUUGCUACUCGCUGGUGGAGAGCGUCCUGGAAGGAUACAAUGCCACGAUAUUUGCCUACGGUCAGACGGGUUGCGGCAAAUCGCACACGAUGCAAGGGACGACCUACAACCUGUCCGCGGCCGAUCCGAACAAUGCGAACAACAUCGGCAUCAUACCGCGCUCGUUCGAGCACAUCUUCGAAGCGAUCUCGCUGGCCAGCGAGGUACGCUAUCUGGUGCUGGUUAGCUAUCUGGAGAUUUACAACGAAACGAUACGGGACCUGCUGCAGCCGCAGUCGCCCGCCGCAACGGCCAGCACCUUACAGAUCAAGGAAGUGCCUGGGGAGGGCGUGAUGGUGCAGAACCUUUCCCUGCACACCGUGCACGGGAUGAAGGAGUGCAUCGAGCUGCUGGAGGCCGGUGCAAAGAAUCGGAUGGUCGGUGCAACGCUCAUGAACAUCGAAAGCUCCCGUUCGCACUCCAUCUUCAGCAUCAGCCUGGAGCAGAUGUCGACCAGCGUGGAAGCGGACAGCGGGGUAGCGAUCAAGCGCGGCAAGCUGAAUUUGGUCGAUCUGGCGGGAUCGGAACGGCAGAGCAAAACCGGCGCUACGGGCGACCGGUUGAAGGAGGCGACAAAGAUCAAUCUUUCACUGUCCGCGCUCGGCAACGUCAUAUCGGCACUGGUCGAUGGCAAAACGAGACACAUUCCGUACCGGGACUCGAAGCUUACGCGGCUGCUGCAGGACUCGCUCGGGGGCAACACGAAAACGCUGAUGAUAGCGUGCAUCUCACCGGCCGAUUACAACUACGACGAAACGCUGUCCACGUUGCGGUACGCUAGCAGGGCGAAAAACAUUGCCAACAAGCCGCGCGUGAACGAGGAUCCGAAGGAUACGAUGCUGCGCGAGUACCAGCAGGAGAUUAUGCGUCUCAAGGAGUUGCUAAAGGGCGAGGGAAGUACCCCACCGGCCGCGGUGAAUGGGCACUACGACGCGAACGGGUUGGAUGCGGAAAAGCAAGCACUCAGAUCGCAGUACGAUCAGGAGGUGACGCAUCUGCGCCGCGAGUACGAGCAGCAAAGGAUCGCCAAACAGGAGCUGGUGAAGGAUAUCGAGAAGAUAAAGGCGUACUACGAGCAGCAAAUGCAGCUGCUCACCUCGAGCCGGCAGCUAGCAGCGGACGCCGAGCAGCUGCGGCAAAGUACGCCGGCCGUGGCCCUAGCCGGGCGGGAUCGUAAGGAAAUCUACGAUCGCAUCAAGCAAAUCAAGGACGCACUGAUCGGAGGCGAGCGAGCGAACGACAUACAGCUGAAGGAGAAGCGGUACCGCAACAAGCUGGCGUCCGAGAAGCGGAUCAACGCGCUGGCCCAGGCCCUCGGACGGAUCGAGCAGUCGGCAGAUCGCGACCUACUUCAGGGCCACUACUCCGACAUACAGCAGGAGCUUAAGGUGCGCUACGAGCAGAUACGGGCCCUGCGCAGGCGCACCAAACUGCUGGAGCAGGAGGUGUCCGACAUUCAGGGCGAGUUUCAGCGCGAACGGGACGACUAUCUGGCCACGAUACGGCUGCUCGAGAAGAAGGUCCUGUUUUACGAGACCGUCUUUCAAAAGGCAAUGCCCGUGCUGCGCAAGGAUGGCCGAUACUGGAAUCUGGAGUGUUUGGAGCGCGAAUCGGAGUGGAACGAUGAUUUGCGCAAGUGGCGGUUGCCGGAUGAUACGCUGCUAAGGUUGCGCUUACCGCCGGCAGAAACGCCACCGCUAGCACCUUCACCACCACCGUCGGAUGUUUCAUCGCCCGGGAAGUUGAAUGGGCGCGAAAGCCAAACGUCCCUGACCGCACCGGGUCGGUUGGAGCGCAGCUCCACCAUGUUUCUUGCCAAAUUGCCCGAAUUCCAGCAGCACGACCGGAAGCCGCCAGACGAGCAGCAGCAGCGCAAAGGUGAUUUCCUCAGCAAAAGCACCAACAGCAACCCCUUUCCGAAGAUUGAGGACGUUGCGAUGACCUACUUUCGGCCGCGGCGGGCCGCCGAGCUGGUGUACAAAAGUGGGUGGCGAUCUUUGCAAAAAUGAUGACGAUGAGGGUGGGUGAUCGUUGUGUUGCGCGCUAUUACGCUUUCGUGUUUUGGAGAACAUGUGGAGAGAUUUUGAGAGAGAAUGUUAUUUGAUCAAUAUUUU